CCGUGCCUGAUUCCUGAGGCGACCGCGCAUUGUGAUUAUGUUGCGCCAGAUUCCUCCCACAUCAAGUUUGGCUCUGUCUUUCCUUCGUCUUGGUGCAUGUUGUUUGCAUAUGCAGUCUAGUGCGCGCUAAAAUAUAGACAGACAUCGUGGAAGGACUGCGAGAAUUCAGUAGAGACGUGCUAGCAUGGCAGCUACAAAUGCCGACCCAGCAGGCGUCGCAUUUGAAGACGUAAAAGUCAUAUGCUAUAGAUUCUAGUAAUGUUAGAAGUAUAUCUAGUCUAAAUAUUUACUCACAUAAAGCCAUUUGUGCUAAUCUUCUCGCGAACUCGUAGGAUCCUGUAUUUCAAUAUUCUUUCGGGGCAGCUUUGGCUGCCUAAGAAUGAUAGCACACCGGGCAUUUACUAUCUACUACAUGAACAAAGCACGGGAACAUUCAGGCAGCAUCUACUUAAAAUUUGAUGAAGCAUUGCGAUGUUACGCGUAUCUGUGCCGUCGAUGGCAAAUGAUAUGCCUUGUCAAUCCACCAUUUUCACAGUGCUUUUAUAUACCCACACCACAGUCUAACUAGUAACUAGACUGUUCUUAGUCCGAUGAAUUAAAGUGAGACCCUCCGCCAACUAUGACGUCGCGCAGGGCUGUAUGAUCCGAGAUGCAAACAGGCAGCUGCUUUUCCCACCCCAUCAGAGACAGCCAAGCUGCCUGCAGGUUAUAAAAAGAACAUGAUCCAUAAGCGCGACCAUUGAACCCUGCUGUCUAACGUGUUCAAC